GAGUGUAGUUUAUGGAUACUUCCUGUCCAUGUUACAUGCCAAACUUAACCUUCUCGUCCACUCGCCAUCUUGGAUUUAGUCUUUCCGCUUAUGAGCGUACUCGGUGUUUGUUGCAUAGACGAUUUUACAAAGAGUAAUUUAACCAUUCAAGUGAACACGUAACGCGGAUAUAUUUAAAAAUAUGCCGUCUGUGACCUUGAAAGAUGUAGAUCAGCACAAGUUCGUGAAGGCCUUUGCUGCCUUCCUUAAAAAAACCGGCAAGAUGCGUGUGCCAGAAUGGGUGGAUAUUGUAAAAACAGCCCGUUUUAAGGAGCUUGCUCCGUAUGAUCCAGAUUGGUAUUAUAUUCGUUGCGCAGCCCUGGUGCGUCAUAUUUAUUUCCGUAGCCCGAUUGGGGUUGGUGCUGUAACCAAAAUUUUUGGUGGACGCAAGCGUAAUGGCACCCAUCCGAGCCAUUUCUGCCGAUCGGCAGGUGGUGUUGCACGUAAGGCGCUGCAAAGUCUGGAACAGUUGAAACUCAUCGAGAAGGCACCUCUUGGUGGCCGUAAACUGACUAGCCAAGGACGGAGGGACUUGGAUCGUAUUGCGGCACAAGUUAAAGCAAAGAGCAAAAAACAGCUUAAACUUCAGGAGACCAUUGUCAUUUAAUUUCUAUGUUUAAUAAAGUUUAAAAACUUGCAC